UUUUCAUAAAUCGAACUAUGAAUUUUGAUGAGUUUCUUCGAAUUUUAAUUUGGCUUAGUCAAUUGUUUAAUUUUAUAGGAAAACUUCGGAUAUAGGGUUCCCAAAACGUAAUUGCUUAGUUUUUUUAGAGUUAAUUUGGUAAUUGUUGCUUGUUUUUGUUAAAAUUUAUUUAAUAUUGGGUAUAAGGGAUUGGGAUUUCUUGCUUGUUCCUGUAUUUUCAUGGAUCAAAUUAAGAUUUUAUCGCGGUGGGGUUCCGUGUGAAUUACCAUUGUUUUUUAAUGUCCGUUACUUCUUGUGGGUUGUUAAAGUUUGAGCUCAUAAAGCACUUCGGGUUCACUACUGUUAGGGACUCUGAUUGGGAGCUGCUACAAUGCAUCGGACAGUGGCUACGGCCACAACCAGGGGGGGAGUCCUGACCGAGAAUGGGGACUCUGUUGUGACCUUGGAUCAAGUCCCACGGUGGAGUGAUGCAGAGUAUAGGUCUUAUUUGGAGUAUGGGAAUGAAGAUCCUUCAUUUUCAAAUUCAUAUUUCCCCGAUCCUUUAACGUUUCCUGGGGAGGAGAGUAGUAGCUAUGGUAUGGUAUCGAGGUUUCCUGUUGAUCAAGAAAUAAACUCAAAGAUAUACUUGUGGAGGGGACAGCCGUGGAACCUUGAGGUUGAUGCUGUUGUUAAUUCUACAAAUGAGAACUUGGAUGAAGCACACAGUAGUCAAGGUUUGCAUGCAGCUGCUGGACCUGGUCUUGCAGAAGAAUGUGAAACACUGGGUGGAUGCAGAACAGGAAUGGCCAAAGUUACUAAUGCAUAUGAUCUUCCUGCUAGGAGAGUCAUCCAUACUGUUGGUCCCAAGUAUGCAGUAAAGUAUCAUACUGCUGCGGAAAAUGCUCUGAGUCAUUGCUAUCGAUCUUGCCUUGACCUUCUCAUUGAAAAUGGUCUUCAGAGUAUUGCUAUGGGCUGUAUAUACACAGAGGCUAAAAACUAUCCCCGUGAACCAGCUUCCCAUGUGGCUAUAAGGACUGUUCGGCGAUUUCUUGAAAAGCAUAAAGAUAAAAUCACUGCUGUUGUUUUUUGUACCAGCACAUCAUCUGAUACUGAGAUCUAUAAGAGAUUGCUUCCCCUUUACUUUCCUCGAGAUAAGCAUGAGGAGGAGGUGGCCAUAUCUAAGCUUCCUGCAGAUAUUGGGGAUGAGAAUGGUGAGACCAUCAUUGAUGAGCGUAAAAUCAGAAUAAACCCAUUGCCCAAAAAGAUCCUCCCAAAGCCUCCCCAAGAUCAAGUUGAACUCCCUGUAAGUGAUGUAGGUUUGGUACAAAGGAACUCAAAUUACUUGGAUACAUAUUUGGAUCCCGCUUUCAUGUCCUUGAUCAAAGAUCCAGAUCAGAGACGCCAAGAACAAUGGGAAAAAACUGCUGAAGGACGAGGUGGUUGGAAUUGUGCUAAGAUGCUUGGACUUGGUGACCUCGGUGGACCUCCAUUAUCUGCUGCUGAAGAAUACUCACUUCACUCCAGAUACCUUGCUAAGGCAAAUUCUCUUAAUCUUUCUGAAAUCGCAGAGAUGAAAAUUGUUUAUCGUGGGGGAGUGGACAGUGAAGGUCGCCCUGUUAUGGUUGUUGUUGGAGCACAUUUUCUGCUGCGGUGUCUUGAGCUUGAACGUUUUGUUCUCUAUGUUGUAAAGGAAUUUGAACCCUUGAUACAGAAGCCUUAUACUAUUGUAUACUUCCACUCUGCAGCAUCUUUACAAAUCCAACCAGAUUUAGGAUGGAUGAGAAGAUUGCAGCAAAUACUUGGUCGGAAGCACCAACAUAAUUUGCAUGCAAUAUAUGUUCUUCAUCCUACCUUUCACUUGAAGGCUGCAAUUUUUGCUCUGCAAAUGUUAGUGGACAAUGUGUUGUGGAAGAAAGUGGUAUAUGUUGAUAGGCUUCUGCAGCUAUUCACAUAUGUUCCUCGUGAGCAAUUGACCAUCCCCGAUUUCGUGUUUCAGCACGAUUUAGAAGUGAAUGGGGGAAAGGGUCUUAUAGUAGACCCCAGAACGAAAUAUGUACAUCAUCGACCCUAAACAUUUAAUAUCCAGUUCCACCAGCUGAUCAAAUGCCGUUGAUUCUUGGUUUGAUUUCUCUUCUACUGUAUUUUGUAGAUAAGUAUUUCUCAUGUAGAAAUAAUAAUUCUGAUUUUAUUGAGCAAUGAUUUGUUUGUUUUAGGAUAAGGAACGUGAUAUUCUUUCUCUUGUUUCAUCAUAAAUGCUUAUUAAUAAUAUAUCAAUGUGAUCUGAGCUUCUGUUUGAAUUCUGCAGUUGACUCUGUAACAAUGUCUUAUCGUCUUUCUCACAAACACAUACACAGAUUUUUUCAGAUUGUUGCACCACCAAUAUCCUUAGUCUACAAGAAUUAUGCAUCUUUCUGAUUUUAGCUGAACUUUGUUCUGGAAUGAAAUUUAACAGCAAAAACACGUUUAACUGAAGCCAGUUGCUGUUUGCAAUGACCGCCCUUUACAUGCCUUUAUUUAGAUCAUUAGCUCAACUCCAUGCCCACUUCUUAGUCUCUGGGCACCCACUCCCUUCCACCAAGCUCAUUGAAUCCGACGCCCAAGUGGGUUCCUUUCAAUCUUCAAAACUU